ACAAAGGGUGGUAUGGGAGGCUUCGUAGAGGAGUUCCACCGCACCUACAAGUUCGAUGCUGUUCUCGGAGGUUCUGAGGAGAUCCUUGCCGACCUGGGAGUGAGGCAAGCACUCAGGAACUACCCUGUUAACGAGAAGCUAUGAUCUGGGAGGUGCUGGAGGAUCCGGGACGCGUAUGAGUCGGCGCGACGCGAGUGGCGCCCUUGCCAUCCGCUUGAUGGUCCCUAUUGACCUUGUAUCUUGCCUUUUGACACACUAUGGAACUACUCAUUACCCUUCAUUUCUGGAUCUUGGCGUGCAGUGGCGGUGUGAAGAUGCGGCGAAGAUGCUACAGUGGGACGCGCUGUAUGGGGAGAGGCGCUCCCGGUCCCGCAAGCUUCUGACGCGGGAAUCUCACGCCGCUUGGCGAUUUAGCUCUUCACUGAGUGCGCAUCUCAUCCUGAAGUACUCGCUCAGGCUCCUUCUUCCUCAGCUCUACAUACUCCUUCAACACUCGAGACAAGCUCGCACCAUAGCCAAGGCACAGUAUGACGCCCGCGAGCGGCAAGCUCCCUUCCGCUCACGCACGCGUCACGCUUCCGCCGCCUCAACGGAAGAAGCCGGCACAUCCGUUAUACCAUUGCUCUCGGGUCUUGUUUCUGGGUCGGGGCGGGGCGGGUCAACCCUGCUGAGUCGCUACCUUAUAAGGUCCUCUUGCGAGAAAAGCUGAGCAGAUCUUUCUUCCCUUUCUUUCCAUCACUCCUAUCCUCCUUACUCAUACUCGACUUAGCUUUGCUCAGGCGGACACCCUCUCGACCUACCAUAGACCACUGCAAGUAUUGGCACAGCAGAGAGCAGGUCUUGCACAGAAGGACUUAUAUGCACUCGUACUCAGCUGGACAUCUCAUAGGA